AAGCAACGAUACUGAAUAGUUUUCGAUUAAAAGUUGAGUGAAUUUUUAAAACCUAAUUAACGAUCAUCAUCAAAGUGUUGCGUUUAAUGAAAGCGCCCAACCGAAACUGAUGAUGGACUUCAAGGCCUCAACGACGGCCACCAUCGCCACCAUCGACAAGGGCAGCGAUCGGACGUUUGCGUCGGCCUUCUUCCACCCGCCAGCAUCGCCGGCCCACGUAGGGUGCUGCAUGCUGAACAGAGCCCCGGUCCGGCCACCGUCGGAGAUCUACUUCGAAAGCCGGGGCAAGUGCUGCAAAAAGUUGCUACGAUACAACGGCUACCCUAACAAGGUGCUACUGUACCCGGAGGAAGGAUGGGCUCGAAGUGCGGCCUCGAGCUACUGGACGAUAGCUCCGUGCCGGUGGCGAAGGAAUCGUUGCAUCGUGGAAGAGGUGGCCGGAUCCAGAAAACAAACGACGCAGGGCCGCAUGAUCGUUGUUGGUGACGGAGCGCUCCUAAUCGUGGGCACCUUCAAGCGCCGUACGCCGGACCCCGACUUUAAGCUGUAUCUGUCAUCCAACAUCAGCCUGGCGGACUACAACAUGGGCUACUGUCUGACGGGCACGCUGGAGCGAGGCUGCCAGCGGACGAACCAGUUCCAAACGACCCACUUUGCCGUCAUCCGUCGCUGCUGGCCAUCGAACGACCACGAGCAUGGCGGCGGCGGAGGCGGUGUAGGCGGCGGUGGCUUCGGAGUGGGCGGCGGGGGUGCAAACAAAAAUAACAACAAAACACAACACACCUACAUCGAUUUCCUCUUCAACCGAUGAUGAUGAUGAGACCGCCGGCGCCGUGAGAGAGACUGCAUAGAGUAGCUUUUUCUGCCCGUUUCUGUUCCACGAUUAUGGUUCUACGUUGAACAAUUCGCCCAAAACGAGCUGUAGACCUGUGCAAAACCGUGCCCCCCUCCCGCAGGCCAGAAUCCGGAACACACAAUCAACCCAGCGUCGGGUGGCCCGAAAGGCCAAGGCGCUGAAGCAUCGUAGGCACUGCGCGUAGAGUAGGCCGCGAUUAGAGUAAACGCUGAUAAGCCGCGGAGUAGCUCCGCUGGUAGGAUAGGGACUCGAUGAUAAUAUAUUUAGAUAUGGAAGCGGUAACGUAUACACACACAAACUGCGCGCUUCCCCGCGAGGGGUAUUUUUUUAGCCAGCCGCGUAACUCGUUGUAAUCACUAUCGAUCCUCUUUUUUGGCCGCCAAAGAGACGCAACCUUCAACCUCCCCUCAAAAACAUUGACAGAUCUCCCGCUGAAACGCUGAGCUUGGCCUACUAGAGCCGUUCUAGAGAGAGAAAGAGAGGGAAAAAGUCCCUGCUGAAAUUGUGCCGUUGCCAGGGAAACGUAAAUAGUCGAUAAAACCAAACAAACGCGUUAUCAUUGAAUUAUAAUGCAGCCAGAACUCGCAACGUAGUGGAAAAAGCAAAAUGGAAAAGGAAGAAUCACGCACUGAAAUUGAUAACAGAAACCCCUAAAAUAAUAAACGGACAAACAAAAACACAGCAAACAAAACAAAUCAAUUAACCAGCCAAGCUUGCUAUAUAUACACAGGAAAUAGAGCGUUAAAACAUAGAGCAAUCCACUAACAAAGCAACCACUGGUGAACGGCGCAGCGUCCAACACAAAACUUGCAAAACCCAGCACUAGCUAGCAUAAAAGAGGUAGCACUAAAGCAUAAAAGAAAUGGAACGCUUUUUGAUGAGAAUACAAAAUACGUACGAAA